CAGCUCCCGGCGAGCCGCGCGGGCGGGCAGAGCCGGGCGGCGGGAGCGGAGCGCAGCGCAUCCCGCAGCGGGCACCGCCGCCUCCGCCCGAUCCGGCGAAGCCUGCGGCAGCCAUGGCGCUGGUGAAGAGUGGCUGGCUUUGGCGGCAGAGCUCCAUCCUGCGCCGCUGGAAGAGGAACUGGUUCGUCCUCUACCUGGAUGGCAGCCUGGUUUACUACCACGACGAGACACAGCAGGACAUGGACGGCCGGAUCCACAUCAAGUACAGCUGUCGGGACGUGCGGAUCGGCCGUGAAUGCAAAGACGUGCAGCUGCCCGAGGGGAGGAGCCGGGACUGCCUGCUGACCGUGGUGCUGCGGGACGGCUCCAAGACCACGCUGUGUGCAGAGAGCGAGGACGACGCCGUUGCUUGGAAGAUGGCCGUGCUGGAGGCUAAAUCCACCCCGGUGCACGUGUACGACCCCUACGACGACGACUACUACCAGACCGUGCCCCUGGACUCCCACCAGGCCGCCUACAUCAGCUCCGGCCACUAUGGCCACCAGUACGGAGCUCCCGGCGUGACCCACGUCAUCGUGCGCGAGGAUCCCUACCGCGUCUCCGGGGACCAGAUGGCCCUGGGGCUGCUGGCCGGGGCCGCCACCGGCGCCGCCCUGGGCUCCUUCAUGUGGAUGCCCUGCUGGUUUUAGUGCCCACCAGGCUGGGCCACAGGCUCCCUUUGCUCCCCAGCCCUGCCUUGGAACCUGACCUGAGCACCCCUCAGCCCCUCCAGAACACCCUGGGGACAGACUUCCCCACACACCCUACCCCCAGCCCUAGCUUCUGCAUUAAAUAACCCCCAAGUCCUUCAGAGUUCCCCAAAAGCCACUCCAGAAUCCCACAGCACCCGAUUCCCAUUGGCAAAGGGCCCGGGAGCUGCCGGGGCUGUCGGCAGAGCUUCCCCAUCCCAAAUCUCCACAGGGAGCUGGCUGCAGAAAUUCCGGGUUUGGGAGAAGGGGGACAGACUUAUUUAAUUUGGGGGGAAGUGGCUGGAAGUUAUUUGACUGGGUGAACCCCACAAUACAGAGGCUUUUAAAGUGUUUUUUGGGGGAGAGGCUCCAGCACCAGAGAGCACCACAGGGAUGCUCAAAAGGUGGGUAAAAGAUUAAGGAGGAUGAAAACCUUUGCAGGAUUUCCACUCCUUUCCAACUUGCACAGGUCCCCUGGGCCUGGCCAAAUUGGAGAAAUGUUGCAUAACCCUCAGGAAUUGGAGUUAAACCCCUGGGAAUCAGGCUGAGAAGAGCCCAGGGAAUAUCCCAACGUCUCCAGCUGAGUGGGAAGGACACACAGCAUCCUCAGUUUCAUACUGAUUUUUGGGGAGGGGGAGAAGGGCAGCUCUCCACGAGGACCAGGGAGCCUUUCUGGCAGCCAAGCCGGGAUCUUCACAGCAGGGAUUUGGGACUGAGGGGGGACACACAGUCAGGCCAGGGGACAAGCAGCAGCUCAGGGUUUUGGUUGGGCGAUGGAAGAGGUGAGGAACAGCUGCCAAGUGUCACCCCUAAGAGGCAGGAUGAUAUCCUAGAACCACGACUAACAUUGAAUUUAGGAAUUACAAGCCCCACAGCUAGAUAGAAAACCACCAGUGACACCAGCACCCCAGCCUGCUCCUGCCUUUAGAGACCUGGGUCAGUUCAUCCUUGUGCCCAUCAGGGAAUUGGGAUAUCCCAACACACCAUCCUCAACCUCUCCUGCACUCCCUGCCUCCUUCCUGCUGUGCACCUGCUCCCAGAAAAGAGGAAAAAAAAAUACAAAAAAACUCUUUGAAGUCUAAUAAAGGUAGUGAAAAAACA